GUUUACUAAAGGCUUCUACAGAUGUGGCAACAAAUGGAAUGCGAUUUUACAUAAUUGCUGGCUAAGUAGGACGAACGAAAUCAACGGCUCGAUCAAAAACCGCAACGUAUUGCAAAUCCCAUAGGCCCAUGAGGCCAUUGACCUUCAAGGUCUACACUUCUACAGACUAAAUAUAACUCAAGGUGAGCUUUGCGGUUAGAGGCGGCGCGCCAAUAUCGCUACCGAGAGCUAGAUGUACUACGGUGAUUUAGUUCUGAAUUUGCCCACAUACAAAACUUAAGUUGGUUUUUUGUGUUUUCAUUAUCUUCCUAGUUUCGGCGUCUGAAUGAGUCAUACAAAUACUACGUUAAUAACAGAGGCGUGUGGCGCCAGUCGGCAGUUGAAAGUGUACGAAUACACACGCGUGAAUUCAGUGAAGUAUUUUGUAGUUUUGGUUAUUAUUAUUAGUACAAUAUGCCGGACGACUACAGUCCAAGUCCAGUAUAUAACAGGUCCAGGUCCAAGAUUAAACAUUGUUGCUGUUGUAUUAGUCCAAGUGUUGAACUUGUAGUUUGGGCUUCUCUCAGUUUGAGUUGCUCCGUAUUUCUGAUAUUGUUCAUGUAUUUGGGAACAAUGCUUGUAGACGCAUUGUCAGGAGCAAGUCGCGUCGAGGUGUCUAAGGAUAUCCAAAUGUUCAUAUUCUCAUUGGGUUUAUUAGUGGAUAUCGUGUACAAUAUACUUGUUAUAGUGGCUUCUCAUGGAAAAAAAGUGAAGCUGCUCAAGAUUUCUUUGUACCUCGGAGUCGCAAUGUGUAUCGUCUUGUGUGCAGUGACUGCAGUUGCGUACCAACCAUCACCUCAUUUGUUUCAUGAGCUAAAACAUUUUUUGACAGUUUUCGUCGUAUUAACAAUAAUUGUUCGAGGGUACAUGCUCCUGUUGAUGCGCGGUGUAAUGUUGCAGCUAAAACAAGAACAAAGCCAAAACCAUGGAUACAUCGGCUUGGACAAGGCCAUGGAAACGAGGACGGACCACGGACCCCCGAUAUAACGUAUCUGGAUUAAUCAACUAUUUAAACAACUGAUUGAUAUUUUUCAGUGACCUCUAUUAUUAUGUGAAAAUAAGGGUGACAGCUCGCAACCACAGUUGCAUGAAUCAUGUGAGUGGCUAAGAUGGGCCAACAGUCCAACUUUGUAUGAAAAUUUGGAACAAAUUUCGCAAUUCCGUUGGACAACCCAAUAUAUCGUAUCUGGAUGAAUUAACUAUUUAAACAACAUUUGACCGUUUAAUAGGGUGGUCCAACAGUCCAACUUUGUGUAAAAAAUUUGAAUAAAUUUCGCAAUUCCGGAAUCUUGGACAACCCAAUAUAUCGUAUCUGGAUGAAUCAACUAUUUUAAACAACUUUUGACGGUUUAAUAGGGUGGUUCAACAGUCCAACAUUGUAUAAAAAUUGGGAUAAAUUUCGCAAUUCCGGAAUCUAGGACAACCCAAUAUAACGUAUCUGGAUGAAGCAACUAUUUAAACAACUUUUGACCGUUUAAUAGGGCGGUCCAACUGUCCACCUUUGUGUAAAAAAUUGGAAUAAAUUUCGAAUUUCCGGAAUCUUGGACAAUCUAAUAUAUCGUAUCUGGAUAAAUCAACUGUUUAAACAACAUUUGACCGUUUAAUAGGGGGUGGUCCAACAGUCCAACUUUGUAUAAUAAUUUGGAAUACAUUUCGAAAUUCCGGAAUCUUGGACAUAUUUUCCGUUUUUACAAUUCCGGAAUUGAGACCACUGAAUAUCGACAAUUCCGGAAUUGGAUUUUACUACUUUUAUUCGAAUUUAAUACGAUUAUUUUUAUAAGAUGCUAAUACUACACUAUGUUGGUGUUAUUAGCCGUCGCUGACAAAAGUCUGAAGACUAGCUAUAUUGAUAUGGCUAGUCAUGCUGCAUUAACAUGCCUAGUCAUUAAAUUAGCUAUCGUAUAUUUGACUUUAAUACUGCAAAGCGAGACUUGCAGGAUAGGAGCAGGGGGCCGAUUUUUGAAUUUCGACUACUCGAUUUCGUGUAUUUCGUUAAAUAAUAUCUCCACUACUAAGCACUUAAAUUCUACUAAUAGAAUUGAAAUCGAGUGGUCAAUACCAAUAGAUUUCAAAUUUCGAUCGCUCAUAUUUCAAAAAUUAGCAUUUCGCCGUUUUCCACCGUUUUCCGAGUGACGAAAUCGAGCGAUUGAAAUUCAAAAAUCGGCCCCCAGGUAGGAUUCUGGAAUCCUACCUAAGCGAAAUUUUUAAUUAUAAAUUAGUUUUUUUUUUAAAUUUCGGAAAUAGUUCCGGAAUUCCGGGCAAGAUGUUACCUUAUGUUACGGUAGGUACUUAAGUCCACAACACACUAACCCCAAUAGAGAUUGUUUUUAUGUACGUAGAGUGUCCCUGGAUAAAGUUUACAAAUAAUUAGGGACCAAAUACGAUUAAAAAUUUUAACACCAUUAUUAAAACAAAUGCAUUUAGGUAUCUGUCUAACUUAAUCUAGUCGUACAAUUUUUUAAAUGUAUAAAAAAUGUAUAUAUGUAGUUGACCUUAUCGGAACAAAGACUGGUAUAUUUUGCCUCCUAUGGACUCUAAUUGAUUUGUAAUAAACGUACAUACUUAAUUAUAAUCCCUAAGGAUUAAUUUUUGAUAUGAAAUCAGAAAAAAUGCAAAAACCUAAUCAAAACAUUCAGUGUUUCUUUUUGCCUAAACAACUAUCGGGUGUGGCCUGUAAUAUGAGCAAAAAAUUAAACUGUAGGCUGUGCUCCUCAUACUGACCAACAUUUUUUCAGCGACUUUUAAAAAUAACUUGUGGUUUGAUUUUUAAUACACUUUAAAUUUUAUUCUAGGACGCAAUGUAUUGCGAAUUUUGUUAUGUUUAAGGCGUGACAAGCAAUGUCAAUCACAAUGAUAUGGCGUGGCGAUGGUGUCUAUUGAAGAUAAUAUUUAUUUUGUAUGAAAAAUAGGGAGUCUAAAUACUUCAUAACAUAAUUUUUAGAAGUUGUUGAACAAAAGUGUCACCGUUUGAGGAGUGCAAUCUAUGUUUUAAUUAUUUGCUCGUGUUACAGGCCACACUCGGUAUAAAAUUAAUACAAUUGUACAUAUCUUACAAUUAUGUAGGAACCUAAGCUAUCCGAUAUAUUUGUACCUAUUUAUACUCUGUUUUGUAUUACGGGUUUACAAAUGCCAAA